CGCGCACGAAGCACUUGACAUCGUUCCGCAUUGCCAACGCGCCAUGCAUCUGUCCCUCGUUGUUGCGCUCUUUGUAGCUGCUCUCACUGGCUGCGCUCACGCCGAGAUGGUCGAGACGAAGCCGCUCACCCCGUGCAACGACACCGAACAGGAGCUGAUCGAGGCAGCCCUCAAGGACGGUCUCAUUGCCCCUCCGCAGUGUCAGGAUUUGUGGGCCGAUGCAACGGCGAACUUUUCGUCCCCUGUCGACAAGUGGGACCAAAUCUCGAUGAACGACACGCUCUUCUUUCAAGUGUGUUCUGUACCCGCGUGCAAGAGCGUGCUCGAGCCGUGGGCGCUGUUGCCCAACUGCGACGCCUUGAUUGACAUCACAUCCAAGGAAAUUGCCAACCUGCACGACAUGGCAAUUCAAACGGCGGCCUUAUGCGAAGCCGUGCUGAGCGAGUACGAUGAGGAUGCCCCGUCUGACGCUUCCCUACCACCAAAAUCAACUUUCUUUCGCACCGCACCGCCACCAUCGACGAUUGCAGCGACUCUGCCGAUUACGAAACGUCCCACAACGCCUCGGCCAACCCUCAGUGGUCCGUACCCGACCGUCACAUCCCGCAGCUCUCGGUCCUUUCCACUUUCGUCUGCUGUGGUCAUGCUCUUCAUUAUGGUAUCCCUGGUGUGUAUGUCGCUUCAGUAGUAUUUAACAAAACAUGACGGGUGUUUCGGCCAAGGCGCGCGUGCUGUGGAGCAGCUUCAUUGGCAGCACCUUGCCGGCGCGUGCCGUCGUGGCGCAGCCCGUGGAUGCCACUAAAUAUACCUUUACAUGGCACUGACAGACUGCAUAUGCAUUUGAAUCACGAUUAUCUGCGUCCUUCUGAA